UUUGCUGGGGAAAGACAUACUGCUUUGUAGAUCAUUGCCAACCGGAAUUUUAUUUUUCUUCAGACAUAGAAAUUAGGGUUCGAUCAAACAAUCAACAGAGAGAGAAGAAGGCAACGAAGAUGAAGAGACAGACAUGGAGUUGGGUCCUACUUCUAUCCGUUAAUCUCUUCAACCUCGCUGCAGUCUUUUCGGAUCAAAUUUUCCCUGCUCAUACUGGUGGGAGUUUCAGUAGAAGUUCUCGAGAACCUAAAUAUAAAAUCGAAUUCCAUACAGAUGAUGCACCUUUUCAUCCUGAUGACGACCAAGAAUCCUUGGUUAUGCCCAAUAAAAAUGGAGAGAAAUUUCUAUGCUUUUUGCCUAGGAUGCAGAAGUCCAAGAGCGGAAAGCUUGUCAACCAACAGAAUACAAGUAGUAUGAUCCUGGAGACUGCAAAAAGCAUCAAAUUGAAGACACCAGAUGAGCUGCUUGAAGUGUUAAAGGAUCGUUGCUUUCUUCGGCAAGAGGGAUGGUGGUCAUAUGAAUUCUGUUAUCAGAAGAAGUUGCGCCAAAUUCACUUGGAGGAUGAGAAGGUGGUUCAAGAAUUUAUCUUGGGAGCAUAUGAUGCUGAGGCUACUGCUGCUUACCACCAAAACCUCUCUGACAUCUCAACAUUGAAAGAUCCCCGCUCAAAAGAUGCAUCACAAAGGUACCAUGCUCAUCAAUAUACCAAUGGAACAAUCUGUGACUUGACAAAUGAGCCUCGGGAAACAGAGGUGAGAUUUGUUUGUUCGGAGCCCAGAGCUAUGAUUAGUUCGAUCACAGAACUAUCAACUUGCAAGUAUGCUCUCACAAUCCAAUGCCCAACCCUCUGCAAGCACCCGUUGUUCCAGGAAGAAAGACCAGUUUGGCAUACCAUUAAUUGUAAUGCACUCCCAAAAGACUACAAAGAAGCUAAAGUGGGGGGAGACUAUUUCCAAGAUGAAAAGAUUGCUAUGGUUACAGGCCUUGUUCAUCCAUCUGGUUUUGAUUCAGAAGAAUCUGCUACGUAAACUGUAACCACCUUAUAGGACAAGAGAGAAGUUCAGCAAAAUGCCAAGUCAGCACUAAAGAUUUUCUGACUCCCAACACCUGGAGAUCAAUCACAGUUUUGCAAGCAAUCUGCACUUGAAUUAAACAAAUUCUAUUAUCACAAUCUUCUUACAUUGUAAAUUUUGGACAUUACUGGCAGUAAUUUGUGAGAUGGAUAUUGUUUAACGGAACAAUGUAAAUAACACAUUUUGCUCAUAGUGCAAGGACUAGUUAAUUAUUACUUCA